UCCUACCCUGAGCUGAUGGACCUCCUGCACUAAACCGCCAAAGAGAAUAAACCUGUUGUGAGGUAUCGCGUUCAGCAGCACACGGCGCGAACGCCCAGCAAAAGGGCUUAAUUACUAUGUACAAAGGCGCUUUGGUCAGGGCUCUGCGUUCGGCUCCUCCGCAUGUCAGCGAGCAGCUAUGCUGCAGAACAGGCUGGCGGAUUAAGGAGUCUCCAGUGAAACCCGUGCUGAGGACAUCAGAGGACACCAGCCAAGCCGGGAACCCAGCAAAGCAAAGAAGUCCUGGGAUAGGCACGGCAGGGACGAGGAUUUGGGCAGCGCAGAACGACGGACGUCCUGCCGGGAUAUCGCCCCUCGCGCCGGACGCUGCGGCAGCCUGUGAUAUGCCCAGGAAGGAGCUGGGGCUGGGGAUGGCUGGCUGCAACUCUGGCAGCUGGGACAGCAUGGUCAGCACGGCCUCCAACGACUCGCAGCGUAGUGAUAACAGUUAUGACUACCUAUCUGUGGAAGAAAAAGAGUGUUUGAUGUUCUUAGAAGAAACUAUCGGCUCACUGGAUGCAGAAGCAGACAGUGGGGUUUCUACCGAUGACGCUGACUACGUGGAGCCCUCCAAGCUGCCUGGGAUGCGGUCCAAGAGAGACUCUGCUCACCAGGACGUGGAAAAUGGGGCUCCUCUUCCGAGUGUAGGUCAGCAGCGUGCAGCUGAGCAGAAGAGUGGCAAGAGCAUCUCGGCCUCCUCAAGCUCAGCUCCAGCAGCGAUUCCAAGCCCGGGCUAUUACAGUCUUCCGAAGGGCAUCACGGCGGCAAAUACACAAAGAGCAAACGGAGCUUCUGACAGCAAAGCAGCUAUCCGCACAGUGGAGGACACAGUGCCUGUAGGCAAAACUUCACAGGACAUGGCCAAGGAAGACAGGUUUGACCAUGCCAACGCAAGAAGCCAGAUGAAGUCCAGGGGAUCUUUGAUUAUCCAACCUUCAGAUCCCUUCCAGGAUGACCAGGUGAGCCACGAGUGGUCACGCAGCGGUCGUUCAGAUUCCAAGAGGGAAGCAGCCAAGGAGACCAAGACUUGGACUUCAUGGGGCGAGCCAGAAAAAUCCACAUUGGAAGAAGUCGCUCAGGACCCUGACGCUAAGCGUGGGCCUCCGACUGCCCCCAAACCACGAAAACUGCCACCAAAUAUUAUCCUGAAAACCAGCAAAACCAGCCCAGUGCCACUUGCCACGGAGUGCAGCCAGAAGGUGAAAGCAUCACCUCUGCCCUCAGCCGGCUCUCAGCCUGGCUCUGCCGGUGAUGCUGCUACUGAAAAGGUGAAUUCAGGGCACCUUGACCCCAAGGAGAGGGAGAAAGCCCAUCGGGAAGCAUUGGAGAAGCUUGGGCUGUCACAGGACAGGAAGGAGCCCAGCACCCACCUUCCACCUACUGUGCAAACCCAACCAAGGGAGGUGCCGUCUCCCAUCCCUGGGGAGCCCAAGGCACACUGUGAGGCAGUGGAGAGGUCGGUGCCAGGUAUCCGGCAGAUGACCUUCAAAUCCAACACCCUGGAGCGUUCCGGCGUGGGGCUGAGCAGCUACAUGGCCAGCACCAAGGAACAGAACGUCAAGACCAGCAGCUCCUUGGGGAAGAUGUCUUUCAUCGAGCGGCUCGCCCCAAGCUUCCUCAGGAGCAGCCGCCCCCGGCCAGCAUCCCUCGGGGCAGGGAAGGACUUUGCUACUCUGAAGGAGCCUGAGCAGGUGGAGCAGGAGAAGAGCAGCAAGCGUCGGUCGCACCCACUGCCGGGUUUCCCCAGGCCAACUCGCUCCUGCGUCAGCGUGAAGAUUUCCCCCAAAGGCGUGACCGAUGAGAACCGUCGAGAGGCACUGAAGAAGCUCGGUCUGCUGAAGGAAUAGCUCUACGGCCGACGGGGCUGCUGGAAAAUGGACUUUUCAUCCUGGAUCCAGGUGCCUUCACUGCCUGUCCUCCAGCAGCACAACCAUAAGCAUCUUCUGCUGUGAUCUCCUGCCCCAGCAUCUUGGGAGUGGUACCACCAGAGGCAUUCAGGGCUUCGCACUGAAUAAUGCCACGUGUACAUAGGAUUUUGUAUAUAGCAGGUGUACAUGAGCUAUUUAUAUAGAGCAUCCCUCAGCAUGUGGAUGGGGCGUAGUCUUCUACAAGGUCUUUGAUACAUUUGGGGAUUCAUUGCAAGAGGGAAGCUGUGAAAUUGGGGGUUCGGCUUAUUUUAAGAGGGGUUGGCUGUGGAUAAAGCCUCUCUGGGAAGAACUGCAGGAGUCUGCUGCUCCUUAGGAUUUUGGGAGGGGUUGUGAACUUUAUCAAAGCCUCCGAGACCUGAGCACUCACCUGCCCCGCGCAAGUGCCUCUGAAAAGCAACCACUGCCACGUACAAAACUGUCAGAGCAGCGGGAGCUCAGCAAUGCUCCCAACGCAGGAGGCUGCACAGACACCCCACUGCCUCUCCUCCACCACCCCCCUGCUCCCACAUCCAGCCCUGCCAGCCCAGAUCCAGCGCUCAGCGGACGCACAAACAGCCACGUUCAUUGUGAAGCGACAGCUAAGAAGCGACAGAUUGCGUACGAGUGGCAGAACCAGAAGUGCUGCCCAAAGUGGGAGAGAUGCAAGUCUGAGACAACACCAUCUCACUCCCUUUUAGACUCCCCUCACACCUUCCAGACCCAGCUGACGCUGUCAACACUUGUGCUGUCCCCUUUUAUAACAAAGAUAGUUUAUUUCUGGAAUAAACUUAUGUACGAGCAGAAAAUGACUGCGUAGUAUAGAUUUAUGUUGCUCUGGUAAAGAUGAACAGCAAGUUUUAACCCAAGUCUGUCUUAACUUGAGGAGUUAAGGAUGCAGGCGUUGCAGAUGUUGAGGUCUGGACCUGACGCUGGGGUCUCCUGCAACCCAGGACCCACGGGAGGCAGGAUUUUGUGGAAGUGCUUUCAGUGCAAUAAACAGAUGAAAAGACUUCCACAGCAUUGCCAGACUGGGAUGGGCGAUAUGGGACAUGCUGCUGCCCCGGCUGACCCCCUCCAUUCUGCACCACCUCCUGCAUCAGUGCAUCAGACCUCCCACAGCAGCCCUGUUGGUUGAGAAGCUACACAAACAGCUUAGCUUGAAAAGAUCAUUUUACUUCCUUCACCAAAACAAUCAUUCCUGCAACCCUGGCUUUCCGUGCUGGACAUCCAGCGAGCGCCUCUGCUAAUAAAACAAGCGCCUUUGUUCCUAACAGGCAAUUUAAUUUGGAACCGAUGCAGGCUUUCUUCAGAGAGGGGCUGACCUGUGGAGGCAAUUACACUAAACAAUGGACUGACGUUAAUUAACUGCUUGCAGUAUUAAGAUAAAUCUGCAUUCAAUCGUUUUCAUCGUUGACCUUGGAGUACAAUCAGCUUUUCAAGACAGUGUUGUGAAUACUAAACAGGCUCCUAUGACAAAACCCAGAGCCGGGCCUCUAAUUCAUAGA